CGAUGGCAUUCGAGUGAUGUUUCCGAACGCAACUCUGGAAUAUCCCUCGGCUCUCCAGCCUCGUAUAGAGCUCUAGAUACACCAAAGUAGCGCUUUCAAUUUAUCUGAGCUGAAAUGCCGACAAUUAUUCUAUAAUAUCUUUAAUACUUAAUUAAUUUUGGAACGCAUCCUGUAUCAUUAAUAUUUUCACGUAUAUCUAUAAAUACACAAGUUUGAAAACAAUAUAUCAUCAUAUUACGAACACUGUCGAGCAAAGUGCGAGUGUGACUAUCGCUCAUCAAACUAAUUGUAAGACCAUUUGUAGGAAAUAGCAAAAAUUCUAGACAAUUCCGCGAUAUAGCUCGCACAAACGUAAACGAUAAAUAUAUGCACGCACGUAUCAACUACGCUCGUGAAAAUAUCAAAUCAACAAAUAGGUGCGCGAUCAUAAUAGAAUUGGACAGGAUGUGAUUGUGCGAACCACACUCGAGAUGUCAAACGCUUGAAACUUGAAACAAGCCGUCGUGCUCGUCUCGAUUAAUACUCAUAUUUCGUUAUUAGAUAUGUCGAGAACGUGCAGUAUUGGAGAUUUUAGCGGCGCGAAGUCUAAUUUGUCAUAUGAUCGAGUGCUUUCACGACAUAGCGAUCAACAGUAUGUAAUGCUUUUGUAAUACUGAAUGAACACAGCGAAAAAUAAGAUGUCACCGUUUCGGAGGAAAAAGUCCGGGAGAUCUUUUCCCGUCAAAGUUUGCACCUUAGAUGCAGAACUCGAAUUUAAUCUAGAGUGGAGAUCGACAGGCAGAGAAUUGUUUGAUCUGGUGUGCCGUACGAUAGGAUUGAGAGAAACGUGGUAUUUUGGACUUCAAUACGAAGAUGCAAAGGGCUUUAUUUCUUGGUUAAAAUUAGACAAAAAAGUUCAAGAUCAAGGCAUUUCGCAGCAUCAAACAACAUCAUUCAUGUUCUUAGCAAAAUUUUAUCCUGAGGAUGUUGCUGAAGAACUAGUACAAGAAGUCACUCAACAUCUGUUCUUUUUACAAGUGAAGCAAGCUAUACUAUCCAUGGAUAUUUAUUGUCCACCUGAGGCUUCUGUAUUACUUGCUUCUUAUGCUGUUCAAGCAAAGUAUGGCGAUUAUGAUGAAAUUUCAUAUCGCCCUGGAAUGCUUGCCAGUGAGGACUUGCUUCCACAGAGAGUUAUAGAUCAAUAUCAAAUGACUCCAGAAAUGUGGGAGGAUAGGAUAAAAAUUUGGUAUGCCGAUCAUCGUGGCAUGUCUCGAGACGAAGCAGAAAUGGAAUAUCUUAAGAUUGCUCAGGAUCUCGAUAUGUAUGGUGUGAACUAUUUUCCUAUUAGUAAUAAGAAGGAAACAGAUCUUUGGCUUGGAGUAACAGCAUUGGGAUUAAAUAUUUAUGAGAAGGAAAAUAAACUGGCACCGAAGACAACGUUUACAUGGUCGGAAAUUCGUCAUAUUAGUUUCGACGAUAAGAAGUUCAUAAUCAAGCCUGUUGAGAAAACAUCACCAAACUUCAUGUUCUUCUCGCAGAAAACUCGCAUGAACAAACUGGUAAAAAAACAAUCAGAUGUUGGCAGCUGGGUGAGGGGUUUAAUAGCUUUAAAAUUGAACGAACGUAAUAGUGACACAGCUGCUCACGUAUUAUUUGUUAAGAUCCUAGAUCUAUGUAUCGGCAAUCACGAUCUAUUUAUGAGGAGACGCAAACCUGAUUCUAUGGAAGUUCAACAAAUGAAAGCACAAGCCAAGGAAGAAAAAUCUAGGAGGCAAAUUGAAAGAAAUAAAUUAGCACGAGAAAAACAAUUAAGAGAGGCAGCGGAAAGAGAAAAGGCUGCAAUGGAACAGCGACUUCUACAAUAUCAGGAGGAGAUACGAUUGGCGAAUGAAGCUCUUAGAAGGUCUGAAGAGACAGCAGAUCUUUUAGCCGAGAAAAGCCGUGUAGCAGAAGAAGAAGCAAUGCUUUUAAGUCAGAAAGCAUCGGAAGCUGAACAAGAAAUUACGCGUAUACGAUUGAAUAAUAUGAAGACUGAAGAAGAAAAAGUCCAUUUGGAACGGAAAACUAGAGAGGCUGAAUUAUUAACUGAAAGACUAGUUCAAGAAUCGGAACGUAGAGCUGCUGAAGCAGAAAAAUUAAAGGACGAAUUAUUACGUGCAAGAAUUGCUGAGAAAGAAGCUAAGGAAAAAUUAUUAGAAUUCCUGAGUAGAAAUGCCUAUACCUCUACCAUAACUCCUGUGCCAAAUUUAUUUCCAUCUACGCAAGUGCUUCCAUCAGACCUACAAGCAGAUCUUCAGACUCUACAAUUAGAACCUUUACACGCAGAACCUCUACCACCUGAUUUAACAUCUUAUGAUCUUAUUAGUGAUGGAGAUGUCGAUCAACUUUCAUUAGAGAUUGAAAGGGAAAGGAGCGAUUAUUUAGAGAAGAGUAAGCAUUUACAGGAACAACUGCGAGAAUUACGUUCCGAAAUUGAAGGUUUAAAAGUUGGUGACAAGCAGUGCGAAUUGGAUCACUUGCAUGAGGAACAAGUUCGACUCGGCGAGAAUAAAUACAGCACGCUAAAAAAAGUGAAAUCCGGAUCCACUAAAGCUAGAGUCGCCUUUUUUGAGGAGCUGUAAUUAUUGAGAAAGAAAUGAAUUUAUACUAACAGACACGUAUUAAUAUGAUACUAGUAAAAUUCAUUUGAUACUGAAAAAGUAAAAUCAUAUAGAUGUGUAUGCGCGCGCACACACACGCAUGCAUGCGCAUACAUAAAGAAAAGGACAGAACGAAUAUCCACUUAAUCUAAAUGAGAAAUGGAAUAUCUUGUAAUAAUAUACUUGAGUAUUCUAUAUAGAACAUUGAAUCAGACAUUGAACUAGAUUUUUUAACAAAUUUGAAAUUCUUACAAAAUUUCCGUGGAAAUUCUGUACAGAUAUUGAAUAUAGGAAAUCAUAGGCCUGUUUGCUAUCUUAAAAUUUUCUUUUUUGCUUUCGGCAAAUUCAAAUAUACGUCAUCUUCAAAUAUCUAUUUCAUUUUAAGUACAAGUUUCAUUUUUUUCCUACAAUGGUCAAUGAAGCAAUUAUUCCCAAAUAAAGUUAAUCCAAUCGGCGCCAUCCUUUGGAUAUCACACGUGAGUGAACCGCACGCUUAGUAUUGUGCGUGAGUGUUCCGCCGCCUCGUUACGUUGUCUUCACUGCUAGUAUGCUAUAUUCUCAAUCGUCAUAAUAGUGCGAAAAAAUUUCUUUUGCAUUAAAAAUUAUAUUUUUUUCCAU